AGUCAUUCGUGUUGGAAGAGUGGAACAGUUCACUUGUUAGUUUGCAAUCAAGUGUUUAUACACAUCAUUCAAUUGAAAGGUAAAAGUGCCACGAUUCUCUUUUAACAUUCAACAAGUCGAUUCAUCAACAAAGUAGAAAUGGAGCCACAGAAGUCUGCAUAUCCCCAUCAGGGGUCUGGGCAGGAGUAUACGGGCAACUAUCCACACCCACAGCCACCACCGGCUUACGAUCAGACACAGUACGGAGCACCGUAUCCACCCACAGGAGCCCCAAACGCUACAAGCAUGCCACAUCCCCAAACAACACAACCCCAAGUCAUUCACACUAUUGUGAAUAAUCCACCUGUAGGACCAGAUCCCAGUACCAUAGUUUGCCCAUCGUGCAGGCAACAAGUCAUCACGAGGCUUGACUACGAGACAACCACAAAAACUCACAUUAUGGCUGCAAUUCUUUGUGCUUUUGUAUGCUGGCCCUGCGCAUGGAUUCCCUACGUAAUGGAUUCAUGCAAGAAUGCCAAUCACUACUGCCCAAGCUGUGGAGCCUUUAUUGGAACCUACAAAUCCUAAGAAAAAAAUGCCCCCACAUGUGAAUUUUAAAACCUACAGAACAGGGACGAGCGCAAAAUGCGCCAUUUUAUAUUUAAAUUAAUUUGAAAUAUAUUUUAUUUAAAAUAAAUAUUUUUUUUAAAAACCA